AUGUUUCUCCUCACUAAACGAAAUCUUGGUCAAACAAUAGCUGAGAUUUUUCUUGCUUGUGUAUUCAUGGGUCUCCUGCUUGGCAUGCGUUUCGUUCUCGAUCGUGAUUUCAAUCCUGCCUAUCAAAUACCGAGUUUUUACCCACAAGAUUCCAUGUUAUUUAGCGUGCUAGACGCUAACAUUACCUAUUACUAUCCCAUACAAGGUCUGUCUAAUCUAAAUAUUUCUUCACUAUCCAAUGAUAAACAAGCAACAAUUUAUGCUUUUAUCUAUUUCACAAAUAUCAAUUCUUGUCUCAGUCCAUCCAGCAUGCCAGAUGCAAUAAGCUAUACUUUACGCAUGCAAGAAAAUGGUUCAUAUUAUUAUCGUGCUCAAUCUGUAAAGAUUAAUCCAAAUAUUUAUCGAUGGAAACGUUCUCCCGAAGAUUUUUGUCAAGAUAAUAGUACAACUGCUAUGUACAAUACUGCAUUUUUGGGCAUUCAAUAUUUCAUUGAUUUAUCAAUUAUUCAAUAUUCGACAAAUAUCAGUCAAAAUUCAUUGAGUAUAUUCAUGAACCAUUUUGGUUGUCCCGCAUAUUUUUAUGAUGCAUUUCAAUCGGAAUUCGGAUUUUUUAUUCCUAUCCUAUUCUCAUUUAUUUUUAUCAUGACAUUCAUACUGAAUGUGGGCUAUAUUGUUGAUGAACGUCGAAACAAAGCGAAAGAAUAUUCACGUAUAUUUGGUCUUCGCACUUGGAUUAACAAUUUAGUAUGGGUCACUCGUUCAAUGUUUAUCUAUAUUGUGUUAUGUAGUCUUUUGACUGGAUUCAGUGUACUUGUUCUACCAAGUUCGAAUGCAACAUCGAAGAGUGUUGACAAAGCCGUAUUUAAUUCUACUCAUUGGACAGUGAUAUGGACGGUUUUAUUUGUUUAUUCGAUUCAAUUGUCAACUUUUAGUGUUUUCUUUGGACAAUUCUUUAGUCGUCCAUUACUAGCAAAAUUUCUUGCGUUUACUAUAUGGAUUUUAACUUUUAUCGAUUUUUAUAACAACAUACCAGUUGUCAUUCGAUACUUGAUGUGUUUCUUUCCUAAUACUGGCCUCUUGUUUUGCUUGGAAGUUAUUCAACAAUAUGAACGCAAGAGUGACAAUAUGACCACAUUUAAAGAUUUCUAUUCUAACCUAUUUACCUAUCCGCUUUACAUCGGUAUUUGUCUUCUACUUAUGAUUGCCUAUUCCAUUAUCUAUAUGGUAUUGGCUGUAUAUAUUGAACGUAUUAAUCCGGGUCAGUUCGGUGUAUCACAACCAUUCUUUUAUCCAUGUUUGCGAAAAAAUAAAAUAUCAAAAACAAUACCGAUUAGUGAUUCAGACGAAAAUGGUAGCUUGCCAACGAAUAGAAUUACUAAAUCUAAAAUUUCUAAACAUGAUCAUUGGAUUGAGAUGGAUUCAAAAAUCAGUAGGAUUUAUCCAUUGAUUCGUAUCAAACAUUUGGCAAAGGAAUUUGGCCGAUUCACAGCUGUUUCUGAUUUUUCUUUUGAUUUUUAUGAAGGUGAAGUAUGCGCUUUAUUAGGACACAAUGGUGCAGGCAAAACAACAAUUACAUUCAUUCUCGUUGGUAUGAUGGAGGCAACAUCGGGUUGUGUUCUUUUACAAGGUCUGGAUCAUCGAAUACACAUUCAACAAACGCGAAAAAUGAUCGGUUUCUGUCCGCAAUACGAUAUUCUAUACGAUAAACUAUCAGUUCAAGAACAUUUAGAAUUAUUUUCACAAAUGCGUAAUUUGAACCGAACAAAAAUCGAUGAAUCAAUAGAUAAGAUUCUAGAUUUGAUAGGACUUGUAAAUGAUCGACGUACACUUUCAAAAGAUUUAUCCGGUGGUAUGAAACGUCGAUUGUCAAUUGGCAUAUCGUUAAUAGGUGAUCCAAAAAUACUCAUUCUCGAUGAACCAACUAGUGGUGUUGACCCAUAUAAUCGUCGUCUCAUUUGGAUGAUCAUUCGAAAGAUGAAAGAUAUUGGUAAAUGUGUAAUUCUAACCACACAUUUUCUCGAAGAAGCCGAUAUUCUAUCUGAUCGUAUUGUAAUUAUGAGUCAUGGUCAGUUACAAGCGAGUGGUACGCCAGAUUUUCUCAAACAACAGACAGAUUACGAAUAUCGUCUUUUUAUUGACAAACAAGAUGCGUGCAAUAGAGAUAUUAUCGUUCAAUCCGUUCAACAAAUUAUUCAAACGGUCGAUUUAGAACGUGAAACGUCAUCUGAACUUGUUUUUGGUAUUAAGCGUGGCUCAACACAGCAUAUUGCUGAAUUGAUCCGUUGUCUCUCUGAACAACAGCAACAACUUGCUAUCAACGGUUAUGGUUUAUCAAUGGCAACGAUUGAAGAAGUCUUUCUCAGUCAUAUAUCUGGUAUUCGUCUUGUCUACAAUCAAAUAUGGGCAUUGUUUGUCAAACAAUUAAUUCUUACUCGUCGACAAAUUUCGUUUCUCAUCGGUUUCUUUUUAAUACCAAUGCUUCUCGAGAUUUUAAUCGUAGCUAUUUUACCUACACCAGCUACUAUUCAAACAUCAAUUUUACAAAAUGAACGUGUCGUCGAUGCUCAAGUUCAAUUACAACCAUCUAUUUAUAAUCCACAUACUAUUAUUAUCUAUGCGAAUAAUAAUGCUAGCAGUGCUCUUUUACGUCUCAAUACUUAUUUAACGAAUACAAAUGCAACUAUCGAUCAAAUAUCUACAAAUACAAUUGUCAACAAAGUUGUAUCGGAAUGGACAGAAUCUGAGGAACUAUUUGUAAAUAAAUAUCAGAUGGGAUUUGGUCUUUUUAAUAAUUUAACAUCAACUAAUCUGUUAUUGACAUUUGAAGUCUAUUUUUCAACUGUAAAUUAUCAUACAAUGGCAACAAGUCUGAAUGUUGCUACCACAAAUCUAUUUCAAUUCUAUGCAAAUUCAUCAUUGAAAAGCAUUGUGACAACGAACCAACCGCUAUUGACAAAUAAAAAACGCUUAACUGGACAAGAUCUUUUUUUUGAAAUGAUCUAUUGUUUCGAUACACUUCCAUUAUCAUUAUUUAACUUUAUUAAUAGCAUACUGGCUGCAAUAUUUAUUGGUAUUCUUUCAUCGAAUGUAAUUCGUGAACGUUUAACUCAUUCAAAAGAUCUUCAAUUAUUGACUCGCUUGUCUAAAGUUACCUAUUGGUUUUCUACUGCUAUAUACGAUUUUACUCUAUGUUUAAUCCUAUGUUCCAUAUUAACCAUUAUUGUCAAGAUCAGUGCUGUAUAUCGAGUUGAUUCGGGCGCAGAAGUUGAAAUCUAUGUAUCCAAUCAACAUAUUGGAUAUUUUUUUCUAAUUUUUCUUCUAUAUUCAUUGGCAUCAUUACCGUUUGUCUAUGUAUACUCUUUCAUUCCGGGAACGGAAUUAAUCGGUUUUGUUAUCUAUUUUAUUGUCAAUGUACUUGUAUGUUUUGUCGAUGUUGUUCUUGGUUUCAUAGGAGUAUUUUCCGGCAGUCAAACAUUACCAAAUGGAGCUAAAGUGAAUCAAACAGGAACACUGAUGACCAAUAUUCGUUGGAUUCUCUCAGCAUUGUUUCCUACAGUUAAUCUUAAACAUGCUCUAUUCAAUAUUCGCUUACGCUCGAGUGAUCGAUGCAUUGGACCAGUGAAUUCAGUUAUGGGCACAAAUUAUUCAUUGAAUGAAUCAUGGUUAUCAUUGAGCGAACCUGGUCUAGGAAUACAGUGUUUAAUUUUUAUUGGUCAAUCGAUUUUCUGGUGGUUUAUUGUUAUGUUUAUUGAAGAAGGGUGGAAAAUUUGUUGGAAAAAAAUGCAAUACUGUUUUAAAAGACAACAACAACAACAACAAACUGCUCGCAGAAAAACAAACGAAUGGAAUGAUCAGCAACUUGAUACAGAUGUUCGAAAUGAACGUCAACUCAUUUUGAAUCAAAGUCAGUCGACCUCAUCGGCCAUUGUUAUCGUUCAAGAUCUUGUACAUGAAUUUCAGAAACCAAAAGACGCAUCAUCUACAACACGUAUCCAUAGAGCUGUUGAUCAUCUCAAUUUUUUCGUACCACCUAGUUCAUGUUUUGGCCUAUUGGGAGCCAAUGGAGCUGGUAAAACGACUACUUUUCGUCUGUUGAUCAAUAGUAUUCAGCCCACAUCAGGCGAAGUUUUUAUAAACAGAAUAGGGAACAAGGCUGAUAUUGGAUAUUGUCCACAGUUCGAUUGGCUCGUUGAUCAUCUUAAUGUCAGGGAAACAUUAACUUUAUUUGCUCGAUUGAAAGGUCUGACAUCAGCAGAUAUAGAUGAGAUUCACAUGACAAUGAUUCAAUGUUUUGGUCUUGAUACAAACCAAAAUCAACAAGUACAAAAUCUAAGUGGUGGAAAUAAAAGAAAGCUGAGUGCAUCACUUGCAUUUAUGGCUAAUCCGACAUUAAUCUUCUUAGAUGAACCCACUACGGGACUAGAUGCAGCUGCCAAACGAAAAGUAUGGAAUGUGAUUCGAACAGCUCGCGAUGCUGGCUUGACGAUUAUCAUGACAAGUCACAGUAUGGAAGAAUGCGAAGCAUUGUGUACUAGUAAGUUUUGUUUUCAUGAAAAAAUUCUACACAUCGUUCGAUCAUCUAUAGAAAUCGGUAUUAUGAAAGCCGGUCAAUUUCUAUGUCUUGGCAGUCUGCAGCACCUGAAAAAUCGUUUCGGCAACGGUUAUGUUGUCCAAGUAAAAGUAUCAAUCGACAAAUUGAAUCGAAUCAAAGAUGAGCUCGAAUCUACUUUGCCUGGCAUCAAAAUUGAAGAUGAAAAAAAUGGAAUGCUUUUUUGCCAUGUACCAGUAUCGACGACACCGAAUGAUCAUGUUCACACGACGUCACAUGCAUACAAUUUGGCAAAUGUAUUCGAAUUCUUCAAUCAGAAAAAAGAAAACAAUGACAUCGAAAGCUAUUCACUGACACAGACUACGCUUGAACAAAUAUUUGUUAGUCUUACUAGUGAUGAAAACGAGAAUCAUGUACCUUUGUCAGAUCUAGUAGCAAACGAAAAUUGUGCUUAA